AUGUCCGCAGUCGCCACUGAUCAGCUAAAUCUUUAGCAGCUAUUUAGCAAAGCGUUUAACCUUGAACAAUACAUAGCAGUCAUACAGGACAUUUGCAAUAAAGACCCCUUAAACUACAUUUAUGUGCAUAAACUCGCAAAUUUACUAGUAGCUUAGAACAAAAUUGCCGAGGCUUAGGAAUGUUAUGAAAAGAGCUUAAGAUACAAUUCAGCUUAGGUCGAGCUCUGGAAGAGAUUUGUGGAUUUCGCAAUGGAGAUUCACUAUUUCACUAAUCAAGAGGAAGACAAAUGCAAGUAAAUCUUUGAAAGAGCAGUAGAUAAUGUCGGUCAACAUAUGAAGGGGCUUGAAAUCUGGACGAAGUACAUGGAUUUCGAGACAACUUUGAAUCAUAUGAGUUUCGUCAACUUAUUAGGAUAUCUCUCCGUAAAGACACCUCUGAUUGGAACUGAAGAAGCAGAGACGAAAUACCUUGAAAUCAUUGAGAACCUGUAUGAUCCUAUUUGUGAGGAGGUUAACAACCCUGAGAUUGUAGUGCCUGAGAAAUACAAAGCUAAAUAUGAAGAAUUAGUGAAACUUAUGUUCUAGACAUGCAAUGGCGACAAGUUUGAAUUCAUAGCCAAAAUUAAAGAAAUUUCAGCUGAGACUAAAAGCAGAGUUGACUUGAGAUUAGUCUUUGAAAACAAAAUUAUAAGUGUUUGGAAAGAUGGGUUGACUCUAGAAGAGGAGAAGAAAAUCUGGAUCGAUUAUAUUAAAUUCGAAAUCUCACAGGAUAUGCAAAAGAGAGCUAAACUGCUCUAUGAAAGAGCUUUGAUUUCUCUAGAUAAAGACAAACACUUCUGGAUCUCCUAUAUUCAAUUCAUUGAGAAAAAUCUUAAAGACCCACAACUUGCAAGAGCUAAGUUUGAGAAUAGAAUCAAGCAUGCCGAUAAGUAUGAAACUGUAGACUUUAUGAUCGAAAAUGCAUUGUUUGAAGAGGAGUAAUAAUAGGUUUAAAAAUCUAGAAGAAUAUACGAGAAUUUAUAAAAUGAAAUCGCCCCUGACUAUAUCAAAAGUCUUAUUGCCUUUAUCAACUUUGAGAAGAGGCAAAAUAAUAAUGAGAAGGUGAAAGAGCUCUACUUCAGAGCUUAUUCAUCUUCGUAAUAGAAAAAUGAAAUCGAAACUGUUUCUUACGUAGUGAUAUAAUAUGCAAGAUUUUUAGCCUUCAAAUGCUAAGAUCCUAACAGAGCAGUAGAGAUUCUAAACUAAGCAUUGUCAAAGACUAAGGGCUCAAAGAUGCUAUACUUAAGUUAUGCAAACUUUUUAAAACAUAUGGAUGGUGUCAUACCUGAAGUCUAUGGUAAAAUAACCUAAAUUUUUGAGAAAGGAAUUGAUCACAGCCAGAGUGGAUUAAAUGAUGACGACAGAUCUGAACUUGCUAGAUUCUAUUUUGAAUACCUUUAAGAGAAUUGCUCAAGUGUUGCAAUUCUGAGAAAUACUGAAUAAAUUUUGAAGGAAAAAGGUUUACUCUAUGGCUAAAAAUAAAAAUAAGAAAGCAAAGAGUCAAAGAUUGAGAUUAAAGUGGGAAACAGUAUAGAUUAAAACGGUAUUCAUGACAAUGGCUAUAACAAUAAUGGAGAUAAUAAUUAUGCUUAGCUAGGGAAGAGAGAUCAGCCAGAUAAUGGACAUUUUAAUUAAUACGGUGAUCAACCUGAUAAAAGGCAAAAGUUCUGA